AUGAUAUUGACCCUCAGUUUAGGUGUGUGGUCUGCUCAGGGCCUGGAGAUGUCCACAGGGAAGGUCCCGUUCCUGGAGGCGUUGAACGGCAGUACUGUGAUUCUACCCUGCACCUACGCCAGCUGUAUCGGCAUCAAAAACCUCUACUUCAACUGGCAGUACAACGACAACGGCACUAUGCAGAAGGUGUGUGAGUCUGUGAUUCCGUUAGACGGGAUGGAUCCCCAUCCAGUGAGUAUCUACCGGGAGCGGGUGGAUUUUAUCGGCACCGGUGAUCACAACAACAUCUCCAUCCUGCUUUGGAACAUCACCUUUGAGGACGAGGGCCAGUACACCUGCUUCGGACGCAACCCCAAAGAGAAGGGCAAGAACCACAGCGCUAUCUUUACCCUUGUCGUGGUGGACGAGUUACGAGUGGUGGACAACACUCUCACCAUCAUAAUUGCUUCUGCAGUGGGCGGAGCCAUCGCCCUGCUGAUGACUUUCAUGCUGGUGAAGAACUUCAUCCUCUUCGUUCUCUUCAAAAUCGAGGAGAAGAAAAAGAUCGAGUGCCUUGUACAAUCUUCCUCAGCAGAUGAAACAAACAAUGUCUCAGGAUCCAAAACUUCGAAACCAACGACACCAAAGAAGAAAUGA